AUGAUCGGCUGUCGCGGCGGCUGCGGACAGACGUUCAGCUCUUUCCUCGGCGCCUUCGGUUUGUCUGCGUCUCUGCUGACGUUGAGCAUUUUCAAAGAGACGCUCACUUCGUUCCUCAACAGUUUCAGCUUGGCGCCGCCUGUGUUGAUGCAGCGAUCAGGCGUGCUUCCUGCAAAUCACGCAUUUCAGCUGUGCGAUGACUUCUUUGUCGUUCAGCAUCACUGGCGUGUAUACGUGGGCGGCCAUGUCCGCGUGAUUGGAUUCACAUUCCUUCCAUUGGAUGAAGACAAUUCUCCAAACCUUUACGUCGUGACACAAGUGCAACGCGAUGCGAAAGAACAGCCUACCACAGGGCGACGAAGAUUGAAAAGGGUGUGA